AUGAAAAAAUCACACAUGUACAAUAACGUCAACCGCCCUAAAAAUACUUUAUAUAAUCAUUUAAAUCGAAACAUAGUUUAUCCCACUGUACUAUUUAAUCCCGUGAUAUUAAAUAAGAAAGAAUUCUCUACGGGUGUUGAAAUUAUAGAAAUAAAAUCCGAUGAAGAGCACUAUACCCAAGAAAAUAAUUUAAAUACUCAAAGUAACGCUAGUUGUAAGGCAAAUGAUUUUGAAGAUGAUUUUGCAAUAAAUAGAUCUGCGAGAGAAAGAAGAAAUUUAAGACAAGAACAAAAAUAUGAUUCAAAAACUAACAUUCUUAGUGAGGCAGCCUUCAGUCAGGCAUGUACAGAUUUCUACGGUAUCGACUGCCACGAUAGAGGCGACAGAAUCCCUUCGAUGUUUCCUCUUCUUAGUAAUUCAACUUCAACUGAAACAUCUUCAGAUGAUGUAGAAGUAUUUCUGUUUGACAAUGCAAUAAACGAUAUAUACUGGAAUAGCGACGAUUCUUAUGACAGUCACAAAGCAUACAUUAACUACAAGAAACCAGAAAAACAAACUGUUUGGAUUUAUUCUCAAAAAAAUAGACAGCAUCUGUUCGAAAGUAACGAUGCUAACAAUAUCCCUAGCCAAGAAACAAGUUACUCCAGUUUUACAGAUGAUGAUGACCCUAGAGAGGAUUUUGAAACAAUCCGCAGAAUUGCAACACCCAUCCCUACUUAUAUACCAAGAUUAAACCUACCAUCUUCGCCGACUUUACCUACAGUAACUGAAGUUACUGAGCCAAAUAAAUCUUCCCUAAAUAUUACAGAGAGCAGACAAACCGAUAAGCAAAAUAUAAAUAUACAUAAUAUAAAGCCUGUAAACACUUGGUUUCUUACCGAUCAAAACGUUGAAACUACUCAAAAGAGAACAGUGAACCAUAAACACAAAUUAAGUACUUUAUCACAAAGAGAAAAAAGAAGAAAGAAACUUAAGGAAAUACAAGAACAGGAAGUUUUAGAUUUAAAAGAAGAUAGUAGUCCUAACAUUGACUCAAAGAUAAUUUUGCAAACCAAAUCCACUAGUCCAAAAUUACAAGAAAAUAGUAAAAACACGAAUAAAUUCGAAGUAACAGCCAAUGCAAUAAAUACGGAUAUAAAUAAUGAAAAUAUAGACAUAAAUAGUCUACAAAAACCACAAAUAAAAAUAAGUCCCAAGUUAUUGCAGACUAAAAAGCAUAUAAGUGAUCCAAUAGAAAAAAUAGAAGGAAAUUGGAUAGAUAAUGAUAGUAACAAUGAUGAAGAAAAAGCUAUAGAAGUAUUGGACUGUGAUUUAAAUACAUCAGACGUAGAGAAAUGUGAUUUGAAUACCAAAAAAAUUACGAGUCAAAAUGAUAAAUUAUUAGUAAGAAAUAUGUCCCUUCUAAAACCUGCAGAAUGGACUCAGUAUUCAGCUCUCGCAAAUAGCGUUCCACCGCUACAAUUAUCCUUUAGUACCGAUUACGAAAACGAAGGGAUACCAUGGUUUAAACGUAUCUACAAGUUUGUUCGAUGCUGUAAG